CUAUUUUUCUUCUUAUCUUGCAGGUAGUCACAUAGCUGCUCUAUUUCUCCUGUCUGCAAACAUAUGUGAUAAUGGACAACCUUGGACAUAGGGAAAAUGGGAGGCAAAGGCCAGACCCAUAUAAAGCACUUCAUACUCAGUGGAUGAUGCCCCAAAGGCAAAUGAAGGACCACCACAGCAUGAACCUCCUAGCACUAAUGAGUGAGAGGGACACCGCCAUCAUGGAGAGAGACCAUGCUCUGGCUGAGAAGAAAGCUGCUAUGGCUGAGAGAGACAUGGCGUUUGCCCAGCGGGACUCUGCAAUGGCUGAACGGAAUGCUGCAAUCGUCGAACGAGACAAUGCCCUUGCCGCACUUGAACUAGCCCGUACAAAUGGAUUUAAUAUGAAUAACGGGAUCGGAUUCAACCCAGGAUCUCUCAAUGGAGCAAAGAACUUCCACCACCACGACCAGCAGCCCCAUGCUCAAUCAUCGCCACUGCAACUGGCAGAUUCUCCAUAUGACCAUACUAGAGAAAUGCACAUAUCAGAUGCAUACCCGAUCUCAACAGCCCCGGUGAGUGCUGCUGGAAAGGCAAAGAAGCCCAAGAAGAACAGUUCCCAAGCAUCUCCACUGAAGAGGCCGUCAGGCGUGCUCCGGAAAACCAAGAAAGCCGGCGGUGACUGGAGAGAUGCCGGAAUGUCUGGUGUCGGGGAGGAUCCAGCUCGCGCCGCUUCUGAGAUGAAGAACGAGUGGAAGGACCAGGACCUUGGCCUGAACCAGGUCUCGUUCGACGAGUCGUCCAUGCCUGCGCCUGCCUGCUCGUGCACGGGGGUCCUCCGGCAGUGCUACAAGUGGGGCAACGGCGGGUGGCAGUCGUCCUGCUGCACCAUGAGCAUGUCCAUGUACCCGCUCCCGGUGAUGCCCAACAAGCGCCACGCGCGCAUGGGCGGGCGGAAGAUGAGCGGCAGCGCCUUCACCAAGCUGCUCAGCCGGCUAGCGGCCGAGGGCCACGACCUCUCGGCGUCGGUGGACCUCAAGGACCACUGGGCCAAGCACGGCACGAACAGGUACAUCACCAUCCGGUAGCCCUGCUGCUUCUGUUCAACAUGCAAGGAGGGAUAUCAGGUCCUGUAGUCUCCUUACUGGGGGUCAUCAUCAUCUCUGUAAUGUCAUUGAGGGAUGUAGGCUAGAAUUCUGUGUAGGUCCUCCUCCCUUUCUGAACCCCGAGUCGCUCUGCGCUGGACAGUGGAAAUGUAAUUUUAGCAACCCCAGGUAUUCGUCGUCGAUUCGCUCUAUAGUUUUGACUUCUAGAUUUAAUUGGCAGUAGGCGUUUCUUGCUUUGUCA